AUGUGUGCUUGCGUGUCUGUCAUCAAUAGCGAACCUCACAGCAACGGUUACGGAACACCCCUAGCAGCUCCUAUCAGUAACUAUGGACCUCCUGGAGAAGGGGGAUAUAGUGGCCAUAACGGUCAUGACUAUAAUGGCGAGCCCAAAUCGUACGAAUUCGGAUACCAAGUGAAAGAUGACUACACUGGGACUCACUACGACAGGAAAGAGUCCAGUGAUGGCAAUCAAGUAAGAGGUGAAUAUAGAGUCGCGUUGCCUGACGGUCGUACCCAAAUUGUUACGUAUUGGGCGGAUUGGCAAAGUGGAUUCCAUGCGGAUGUCAAAUACGAAGGCAAAGCCCAGUAUCCAGAGCAAUAUAACAAAGGAGGAUACAACAACAACAAUGGAGGAUACAAUGAGGGAUAUAGCAAUGGAGGAUAUAGCAAUGGUGUAUCCAAUGAAUACGGUGCCCCUGGAUUUGGUGGUGGUUACAGUGCCAGUGCCUCCUCCCAUUCCAUUGCAAUAAACAAUUUGGCUAGUGACAACUCUGAUUACACCUACAACAACGCCAACUCCUACAACAACGGUUACAGCAGUAAGUCGCAAACAAGCAACGGGUAUGGCUCCAUCUAGGGCAUUAAAAAACAACUACAAAUUUGGCUCAAUGUCAUUCAACUUGUCCACGU